GUUUUUGCCCAAGUCAAGUCAUUGUGCGAUUGAGAAGACACACGCAAGAGCAGUUAAGUUAUUUGUCUGCAAAACGGCACGCAAGGUUUGGCGUUUCUGGAUGUUUCCUCCAGCUCACGAAGACUACUGACAACGUCUCUGAGAUCCAUUGUAAAUUUGCGGCCUUUUCAUCGAUUAAAUCUGCUACGGACUCACGGACGGUGUUUAUAGAAGAGCUUUCUUGGGGUUAAAAAAAAAACGGAAAAACCGGACCAUCAUCUAAAACGACACACUCGGGACAAGCAGACAACUAGAGACUCGUGUCAGCUGAAACAAAGACCUGUACUUUUGCAGUAUGGCGUUUGCACGACAGAAAGGAUACUUUCUCACGUCGUUAGCUACUUUGAUGAUCCUUUCAGUUUGCCUGACCUACCUAGCGUACCGUGAGUAUACAUCAUUACUACCGACGACUACCCCAAAUCCGACUAGUCGUCAGACCAACAGAAGAAGCACAGGUCUGCGCCCAGGAGUCGAAAAGAUGCCCCAUAUGCAGCGUUCAGCACUUCCCCGGUUCAACCGCUCCAUUUCGUCAUUCUCGGAGGAUUUCUCGUCCAGAUUUUAUUCCGUCUGGACCGACGACGCUUCUCAGAGCGCGAGGAAGACGGGGAACGACAUCACGGUUGUGUUUUGGAACGCACCGGGAUGGCGCCCGAGAUGUCCGUCCAUGCCUCAAUGUGCUCUCACGGCUGAUCGACAACAGUACGAAAACGCCGAUGCCGUGCUCUUCUGGUUCAAGUCUCUUCCACACGUCUACGACAAAGACUUCUUCCCCAAGACGCGGCCGUCGCACCAGCGCUGGAUAUAUUAUGUAAGGGACUGUCCUCAUUUCACAAGAGACACUGACUUCGCUUCGUACGGAGGCGUCUUUAACUGGACGAUGUCGUAUAGAAAUGAUUCAGACGUGCUUGCCCACUGGGGUCACAUAACCGAAGCGUAUCACCAACUUGCUCAACACCCAGCCGAUCCAAAUAGAAAUUACGCCAAAGAGAAAAGCAAGCUGAUUAUUUGGUAUGUCAGUCAUUGCUACAAAUAUAUGUCCCGGUUUCCCUAUGCGACAGAAUUGAUGAAGCACAUCCAGGUCGAUGUGUUCGGGCGAUGCGGGAAUAUCAACAAGACUUGUCCCAGGAACGACGGCAGGUGUUUUCGGGAACACAUACGCCAGUACAAAUUCUACCUCGCGUUCGAAGACUUUAAAUGCGUGGAUUACAUAACUGAGAAAUACUGGGACAAUUCCCUGAAGAACGACGCUGUGCCGGUGGUGUUGGGAGCGCCUAGGAGCGAUUUCGAAAGACUGACUCCCCCGAAUUCUUACAUUCACGUGGACGACUUCGAAUCCCCGGAAGCGUUGGCGAAGUACCUGAAAUAUCUGGACCAGAAUGACGAAGAGUAUAACAAAUACUUCGCUUGGAAAACCCAACCUCCUAAGAACCCGCUUCCCAGUCUUUUUGAAGGGGACUUGUGUGAGCUGUGUAAGAAACUCUCAAACGUGUCCCCGACAGAGAGAAAGGUUUACACAGAUAUAGACAGGUGGUGGAGGGGGCAAAACUACGAGUUCUGUGAACCGUUGGUGUAUACUGGUCCCUUCAUGGACCCUAGAUAUUUGAUAUUUUACAACUAAUGGGUAAUUAUGAUGACACAUGAAUGAUGAGGGGUGGGGCCGGUCCAGAAAACCGGACCUGACAAAUCAUGUUGACCGGAUUUUGGACCGAUUGGAAAAUGAACUGAUUUACCGGCAUGCGUUAACGCGUUUUGGGGCUUACCGAUCCACGGGUAAUAACAGCAAGGUGAAGAAAGGUUUAGGGCUAUCUUACCAAGUUUCUACAGUCAAACUUGGUCUAAUUUAUCAACCGUUGAGAGGCAGUUAGUGUUGUUUAAGGAUGGAGAUAGGAUUCUAAACGCCAGUGGAAGUCGGAUACUCUACGAAAUAGAAGCCUUUGUAGCGAAAUGAACUAUUGUUUUGAGUAUCGCCCAUUCAAAAGCUUUCACAGUCCAGGUGCAGGUCCGGACGUGCACCUGAUCCUCUGGACCUGGACCGUACCUGGACCUGAAUUUUCUGUACCCUGCCCAAGGCCUGACCAAAGGCGUGUGUCAUCAGUAGACCAUUUCUAUAGGCACAGAAUAAACCACCAAGCGAGCGAAGCGAACAUGAUUUACUCCGCCAUAUACAUCAAAGAAAGGCGGGAAAACCUUAUCAAGCCGUCACAAAAGUUGUACAGAGGAUUCACAACAUCAAAUUGAGCAUUUCUUUGGUAGAUGUGUUGUGUAGAAUUCAGUUGUUUUGUGAUGAAGGCUAUUCAUUUAUCUUAUCUUAGACACAUGUCUACCGUCGUUUGUGUCACACAGGCUAACUGAAAACCUUUGUAGCCGUACCGUUAGCAAUCAAUGUAGAGAGGAUUGUUUGAAAAGCCAGCGGGUCAGGAAAUUUAACAGUGUGUACCCUACAUCUGCUUGGAGAUUAAAAUUGUCUAUCCUAAUAUACAUGUAAUAGUACUGUAACGUUACUACCUAAUACUGAGCAUCAGGUUUGGUCCUCACUUCAGGUUUUACUGCUGCAGUACCUACCACUUUACUAUGUUACUUUUAUACAUGCUCUAGUUUAAGGUCAAUUGUUUAUACUUAUAUCAUACUAUAAUGAAUACUAAACAACACUAGGCUAUAUAGUCUUUUACUGUAAUUUAUACUAGUUGUGGUAAGUGGAUCCAUCGAAUGGUAUGACAGUCAUUUCUUGUAAUUAUUUUAGAUGACGGAUAAAAAAAAAACAAUGUCUAAGAACAUACAGCCAUAUUUGUUCAUGACUGAGUAGUGUUGGAAGUUAUAUUUGGGUAUAGCAGAAUAUGAAACUGUUUACAUGAUAAAUAUAGGGAUGGAUUAUAAACGGUUACUAAGAGUGGAAGAGAUAUACUGAUAUAUGGACGGAUGUAAGGUAACAAAUAAAGAUAGAAAUAUGUCA